AUGGCAGGCUCUUAUACACAUCCCCCAAGCGGCAUUCCACUAGCAAUCUCCGGGGAAGGACUUGAACCAUCAUCGCAAACCAAGCCCAACUAUCGAGCGAAGUACAUUCUUGGUGGGCACACUAUGGCCAUAUCUUCCUUGAAAUUCAGCCCCACUGGUACUCUGCUCGCAUCUGCCGCUGCCGACAAGCAGAUAAAAAUAUGGCAUGUUUAUACUGGUGAAAUUUUGAAGACAUUUUCGGGUCAUCAAGAAGGCGUGAAUGAUAUCACAUGGUCUAGCGACGGAGAAUUCCUAGCUUCUGCUUCUGAUGAUAAGACCAUUAUUCUCUGGAACAUAGAACUGGGCGCCGUGGCAAAGACAUUACAUGGCCAUACGAACUUCGUCUUCUGUGUAAGCUUCAAUCCCCGAUCGAAUCUCUUGGUAUCAGGAGGGUACGAUGAGACGGUACGUGUCUGGGACGUCGCUAGAGGCAGGUCAAUGAAAGUGUUACCGGCACACUCGGAUCCUGUGACUGCCGUUGGUUUCAGUCACGAUGGCACGCUUGUUGUCUCAUGUGCUAUGGACGGGCUAAUUCGGAUUUGGGAUGCAGACUCGGGCCAAUGUCUCAAGACAUUAGUAGACGAUGACAACCCGAUCUGUUCACAUGUGGCUUUCUCGCCAAAUUCCAAAUAUAUCUUAGCUGCAACGCAAGACUCGACGAUUCGACUAUGGAAUUAUCAGAACUCUCGGUGUGUGAAGACAUACAAAGGGCACACCAAUCGCACAUAUUGCCUUUAUACGUGCUUUAGUACGGUGACUGGCCAUUACAUUGUCAGCGGUAGCGAAGACUGCAAAGUAUACUUGUGGGACCUGCAGAGCCGCGAAUUACUACAGGUUCUUGAAGGACACCGAGACAUGGUGCUGGCGGUAGCAACUCAUCCUGAACGCGCAGUCAUUGCAUCAGCUUCAAUGGAGAAGGACCCCACAAUACGACUAUGGUUUGACGACGCAAACAAAAGAUAA